AUAUUAUUCAACGGAAAACUUAAAAUCGAGAAAAUUAAAAUUAUAAAGAAAAGGGAAAACCGCUAUAAUUUAAACAAAAAUAUAAAAUAAAGACAAAAGAAUAUAAAAAUUACGCGAAAAAUAUAAAAAAUCUAACCGCAGACUAACGGCAACAAGAAUUACAAGCCCAAGCCGUAACCUCAUUAGCAACAACAGCCAUCAGCCAAGAGAUUUAGAGGUAUUUUACUGCCUAAUAUGCAGGGGGUACCACGGCUUAAGGUUCUGCCGGAAGUUCAAGAAGAUGUCAGUAGAGAAGAGGAGGGAAGUGGUUGGAAAUCUAGGCUACUGUUUCAACUGCUUGGCUAGGAGCCAUAAUCUAAAUUCUUGCUCAUCUAUGGGAGCGUGCAAAAGAUGCGACCAAUUACACCACACGUUGUUGCAUCCGCCACGUCGCCAAGAACGGCAGCGAAGAGGUGCAUCGCCAAACCGAAGCACGUCAAGCCCCCAACGCCAUUCAGCCAGCCCUAGAAGACCACAUAUUCAACAUCAGAGUCGUCAACUUCAUCGUCAGAAUCUUCAACCUCAGCAUCAGAAUCUUCAACUUCAGCAUCAGAGUCGUCAACUUCAGCGUCAGAGUAGUCAACUUCAUCAUCAUCGUCAACAACGUCAACGUCAUCAUCAACAACGUCAAAAUCAACAACAUCAGCGUCAUCAACAUCAACAACAACAUCGUCAUCACCAGCAGCAACAACAACAACAUCGUCAGCAGCAGGAAAUUCAGCCACCUACAGCACAACCAUCCAAUUUACAACAGCCAAAUGCGCAUAUUUUAGCCGAGGCCAUAAAAUCACUGGCCGAUGUGUUGUGUGUUACCAGUAAACAAUAAUAAUAGCAAAUGCCGAGGCCGGCGCCAUGUCUAAACCUAAGUUUAGACAAUAAACAUAAUAAAAUAAUUUUUAUAUUUUAUCCUUGAAUUGAAAAUUGUAUGAUUUAAAUUUUGUAAAAUUAUAUAUAUAGUAACAUAUAUGAAUUCCAAAUGUACUAUUUAUCUAAACAUAUAUUUGAAUUGUUAACUGAAAAAUAUGUAUCACCUUAAUUUAAUUAAAGAAUUUGAAGUUGCUAGCAACAUAUACUAACGGGAAUGUUCCAAAAAUUAUUUGUAUUUGUUGAGAACAGAAAAUGUUGAAACAUAAAAUAUAAUUAUAAAUCGUUCACUUGGCACUUAGCAACAGGCUGAACAACUUCAAAUUCGGAACUUCAAUAUUUACCUCAAUUUUACUAUAUUUAUAUAUUCAAUUUUUUAAACACUUACCGUAAAUUUAAAUACUUACCGUAAAUCUAAAUACUUACCGUAACCUUAAAAUAUAUACUUACCGUAACUCUAAAUCAUAUACAUACUUACCUUAACACAAACUUGUACUUGCCACAAUUGAAGUUCUUCACCUACAUAUAAAACCAAACAAAAGGUAACAAAACCCCUGAAAUAAAAUCAUUAUAACGUUUUGAAAAGAAA